AUGGAAGGGGAGAGCACGUCGGCGGUGCUCUCCGGCUUUGUGCUUGGCGCGCUGGCCUUCCAGCACUUCAACACCGACUCGGACACGGAAGGUUUUCUCCUGGGAGAAGUUAAAGGUGAAGCCAAGAAUAGCAUUACUGACUCUCAAAUGGAUGAUGUCGAAGUCAUUUAUACAAUUGACAUUCAGAAAUAUAUUCCAUGCUAUCGGCUUUUUAGGUUUUAUAAUUCUUUAGGUGAAAUAAAUGAGCAAGCCCUGAAGACAGUAUUAUCAAAUGUCAAAAAGGACGUAGUAGGCUGGUACAAAUUUCGACGUCACUCAGAUCAGAUUAUGACAUACAGAGAGAGACUGCUUCACAAUAAUUUAUUGAAGUAUCUUUCAAACAAAGAACUUGUUUUUCUGCUACUUACACCAAGUAUAACAACAGAAAGUUGCUCUACUCAUCGCCUGGAACAUGCCUUGCAUAAGCCUCAAGAAGGACUUUUUCAUAGGAUACCUUUAGUGGUCGCCAAUUUGGGCAUGUCUGAACAACUGGGUUAUAAAACUGUAUCAAGUUCCUGUUUGUCCACUGGCUUUAGUCGAGCAGUAAAAACACACAGCUCUGAAUUUUUUAAAGAAGAUGGAUCUUUAAAAGAGGUACAUAAGAUAAAUGAAAUGUAUGGUACAUUACAACAGGAAUUAAAGAAUGUAUGCAAAAAAGUGGAACACAGUGAGAGAGCAGUAGAGAAACUACUAGAAGAUGUGCACAGAUUAAAACAAGAAAUUAAAAAAAGAAAACAAGCACAGACCCAAGUGGCAGGAGAGAAGAAUGUCCCAGAAGAACCUCAGGAGAACCCUUUUCUUUGUCAAGCUUUACGAACUAUAUUUCCAGAAACUGAAAUUCUUCAUUCAUGUACUAUCUCUCUCAAAAAUAAGCACAUUUCUAAAAGCUGCUGUAACACCAACCACCAUGUUGAUAUGGUAGACAAACUUACCUUAAUGGUAGAAUACACGGACAUUCCAGAAGCUACUCAAGCCUCUCCACAGCAAAUAACUAAACGUAAAGCAUUAAAUGUGGAUGAUGCAGGGCAGUUCAAGAAAUCACGGUUGCGUGGGAUACUAAACAAACAUUGUAAAACAGAUACUGACCAUAGUAAGCAAGAAAAAGCAUCCACCAUGAGUAGUUCAGAAACAGAUGAAGACAUUGAGAAGGACUGUUGUGAAUAUCCACAGUCUCCUACAUUUUAA